GGUAAUAGAAAUCGUGAUUCUGAAUCGUAAAAUUGUGUUUCGCAUCGGUACAAUUGAUAGAAUCGGGCCCAUUGCGGAUUGUGUGCCGUUUCUGUUGAAGAGUACAAGCAAGCCAAAAUUUUCCUCAAUACGUCACAGUUUUGAAAUUUUUGAUUUUUUUAAUUCUUUCGUGUCGUCAUCCGCCACCCUUCCUCACCGGCUCACCCUCUUGGCGUCGUCCUCACCCUCGCGGCUGAACGAUCAGCAUCCUCACGCGUUCAACGUCGGUUUCAGCCUCAUUGGCCUCCUCACAGGCUCACGGUCGCACCAAGUCAACCUACUCACCGGGUCGCCAUCCGCGUCGACUUCCUCACGGGCGGGGGACUGUCAAAGUGUCUUUCUUCGCUGAAUCUUCUCGAUCUCAAAGGCUUAAUUAGCUUUUGGGGCUCUGCUUCCGCUUAAUUUUGAGCUGAAAUCGAGGAUGAGAAUAGUGGGACUGACCGGUGGAAUUGGUUCUGGGAAGAGUACGGUUUCCAAUCUGUUCAAGUCCCAUGGCGUCCCUGUAGUUGAUGCCGACGUUGUUGCUCGGGAUGUACUGAAGAAAGGCACUGGUGGAUGGAAGGAAGUAGUGACAGCCUUUGGAGAACAGAUAUUGCAAGAUGAUGGUGAAGUCGACCGGCCAAAACUUGGACAGAUCGUGUUCUCCGACCCUUCAAAGCGUCAACUUCUUAACAGAUCAUAUGAUUGGAGUACAAAUUCUCUCUCAAAAUUAUUACGGCAGCUUCUUCUAACUUUACAUCGUGAUUUGCUAAAAUUUCCUUUGGGUUGUAUAUAUUCUUGCAGGCUGUUGGCUCCUUACAUUUCAUCAGGCAUCAUUAAAGAAAUCUUGAAGCUUUGGCUCAAGGGAUCCAAGGUCAUAGUUCUCGACAUCCCUCUACUGUUUGAGGUAAAGAUGGACAGAUGGACGAAGCCCAUCAUCGUUGUCUGGGUUGAUCCUGAGACACAGCUUCGGCGACUCAUGGCGAGGGACGGGUCAAACGAGGAGGAUGCUAGGAACAGGAUUGAGGCACAAAUGCCCUUGGAUCUGAAAAGAAGUCAAGCGGACAUAGUGAUUGAUAACACAGGAUCGAUGGACGACUUGAACGAGAGGUUUAAGGAGGUAUGCAAAGAAGUGACUAGGCCCUUGACAUGGAAGGAAUUUGCGCUUUCUAGACAAGGUGCUCUGCUGGCAUUCUUUUCUGUAGUUGUCGGUGUGGUUGCCUUGAAUAAAGCGAGCAAUGGUAAUGUCUCAUAGGCAGUGUUGUAGUCCUGUUCGACAUUGGCGAGGAAUCUAUUGCAAUGUAACUUUUCCGUCCUUUCGGCCACGACAAUUGUGUUGAUAUCUAUUCACAUCAGUCUAAAUAUUUUUAACACUCA